GCCCCAAAACCCCUGACUCACUCACCAGACCUCUGCUCAGAAUGCAAGUCGUCGGUUCUGUUCUGAAUUGCGAUGAUGAAUUCGUUGAAAUUUGUAGAAAGAAAGUCCUUAUCGUCUCUUCAUCCAGAAGAAGCGAACGCGACCGACGGUGCCGGAGUUGGAGUUGGAGUUGGAGUUGGAGUUGUCGUACUACUGCUACUGCUACUGCUACUGCUACUCCUACGGUCACAUUUUGGAGAUUGAACAACUCUUCUUUUGUUGUUACUACUUACUACCAUUACCAUACCAUCGAGAUUUCAAGCCUAGCCUAUUUAACUCUUGCUGGCGGUCAAAUUGAUAUUAAUUCCAGGCUUUCAAGGGUUUCUUGGGUGAUAUCAGACACACUGGGAAUUUCUCUCAAGGUGCCCGUAAUAACUCCUCGGGGGGACCAACUAUAAAGUUUGCAAGACGAACAUCAAGUGGGAGAUAUGUGAGUUUGUCAAGAGAUGACAUUGAAAUGUCGUCAGAGUUAUCAGGGGACUACAUGAACUACACUGU